AUGAAAUAUCUACUUACAUUAGUACUUGCAUUUGUGACUAUAGCUCAAUGCUCAACCAUAGCAGCCAAAUCCCAAGAGGAAGACGCUGCAAAUGGUAGCCCUGGUGCUGUAUGCUAUGCUGAUGCCUAUAAUGACUUGGGAAAUAACUGGAACCAUACAUACGCUCCAACAGAGCCCCAACAGAUUCACAUGUCACUGGCAGAUGACUCUAAGUUUGCUCGUGUACAAUUUGCUACUCUGGAUUCAAUUGACAGCUCUGUUCUUGCCUAUUGGCCAAAAAAGCAGGGGAACCACACUCAAAAGAAUACUACAGUUACUGGCAAGGAUUGGAUUUUUGUUGAUGGAGGCUCCGCUCAAAGACAACUUUAUUUGCACAAUAUUCAAACAAAGACGCUUAAACCUGACACAAUAUAUGUGUAUCAAGUUGGUGCUAAAAAAGGCAACUCUAUCAAAUGGUCAAAAAUAUACGAAUUUCACACUGCUUCCUUGAAAAAGGACUUUAGUUUCAUUGCCACUGGCGAUGUGGGUGCAUGCAAUGCGGUAGCAGUCUCCCAUAUGAUGAAAUACGGCAAAACCCACAAGUAUGACUUUGUAACCAUUGCAGGAGAUCAAGCUUACAAUAUGGCAGACUUUAAUGGAACAAAAGGAGACGAGUACCUGAAUUUUAUGCAAGAACUUUUCGCUAAUGUGCCUUACUUGGGCGCUGUUGGCAAUCAUGAAUCGGCUUAUAAUUUUUCCCACUAUAAAAAUAGAUUCAAUAUUGUUCCUUAUGCUGAAUCCAAGUUUUCCAACUCAAUGAUGUAUUCCAUCAACUAUAAAUCGCUUCAUCUUGUCUCUUUCUCAACUGAAAUUUACUUUGAAGGCUCAGAACAAGAAAUUCAAACAGGCAUUAAUUGGUUAGAGGCUGAUCUCAAAGAAGCAAAUAAACAUCGUGAUAAGCGACCUUGGAUUAUUGUUAUGACACAUCAUCCUAUGUAUUGCUCUGCAAACAGCACGGACUGUACCACCAAAGCGGCCACCAUCAGAAGCGGUCCCGGCCAAAAUAACCAAACUUGGGGAGGAAUAGAGGAUAUACUAUUGAAGUAUAAUGUGGAUAUAUUCCUCAGUGGCCAUGUUCAUAACUAUGAAAGAACAUACCCUGUUGCCCACGGCAAGGUUACGUCAAAAUCAUACCAUAAUGCACCGAGCUUCUUCCAGUUGAUCAUCGGGAAUGCUGGUCAACCUGAAGGUCCCGCUCUAUUUGGCAAUGGACCUUUCCCUGAUUUCUCAGCUGUUCGCUACGAAGGCUAUGGCUUCUCUACAUUUAAAGUGUCACCCACAUCGCUUGAAAUGAUUCACCGUAAAGCUAACCUUGAUGGUACUUUGGGUGGAAUCAUUGAUCACUUUACUGUGACAAAGGAUGUUCAUCGUCAUCGAAAUGAAUAA